AUGGUUAAAUCGCCCGGUUCAUCUCCAGACACAAAAAAGGCGAAGCUCGAUGUUUUUCCCGAUCUUCGCAAGGAAUUGAAACCAAAAAAUAUCGAAAAAGCGGAAGUUGAGCAAUAUGUUGCAGCUCUUUCAAAAUUUCAAAUUCCGAAGGAGGAUGACUUGAAGCCAAGCGACGAAUGCCAAUUUCGUUGUCAUCCCGACAAAGACGUCGAAGGAUAUUUUGUGGCCAGCGCAAUGUGGGGAGUGCCAGCCCUUUCUUGGGACAUUGUCCGACCAGUGUUCCUCUGGAAGCUUGAGUUCGUUAUUAAUGAAUUUCGGAAUUGCGACAACGAGCAGAAGCGUCCAGAAAGUGAGCGAGAAUCACCAGAGAAGCCUGAUACUCCUGUAAAGAAUCGUCUAUCUGUUCUUGGUAAACCGCAAAGCUUGAUUCGGGCAAUUCCAGUACCUUUCGAUAUGGAUGAAGCGAUUGAAUUCAUUCUAAACAAGGCGAAAAGUUUUGAUGGAUUUCCAUUCACAUGGCAAAGAAUAUGUGAGCUUCUUAGCACACCGAAACUUCAUUAUAAUCGUUGCGACAAAUUUGUCCGAGCGGUUGACAAGGUUAUAAAUGUGGUCACAACCAUUUCCGAAUGGGGAAAUCGAACGAAUGGCGAUUGGGAAAUUCCCAUGGAUUCUUCGGAACAACAUAUUGAGAAUGUUUUCUUUGGAGUUGUGGAUGAGGUGGAGGCAAUGGAAAAAGCUCAGGUAAAGAGUGAAGCUGAUACAAUUCUCGACGAGCCACUCGAUAUGAGUGUUAAAGAGGAAGCUAAUGAAAAGGAGGAAGCAAGUGAGGAUGAACCAAAGAAAGAGGAAGUGAAGAAGAAAGAAGAGGUUGUCAAAGUUGACAAAGAACCAGAAGGUGAUAAAGAAUCUGAAAAAGCGUCUGAAAAUCCAGAAGAAACGGUCGAAGCGGUGGAAAAUGCUAGCACAAAAGAGGCAGAUCCACAAAACGAGAAUAUUUCGACGGAAAAUGUAAAAAAAGAAGAGAAGGAGAAGGAAGUUAUCAAUGAUGAGCCUCCUAGUGAUCCGAGACUUAGAUCGGCUGAAGAAGAGAAGCCAGAAGAGGCGAAAUCUGAAGAAGAACCAACCGCACAAGAAGUUGCCCAUGUUUGCUCGCCGUCAAAAUCGCGCGAGACACUGCGCGAAGCGGCGAGACGUCGCGAAACGUUUGGCGACGAAUCGGAGGAACAAGAUCAAGUUUUUUUGCGAAUGUUGUACCCAUUCGGUUUUCUUGUGUUCUCCUGUAUUUUCGCGCCGGUUCGGCCAAGUCGCUCCGAGACCAAAUUGUUCACCGAUUUGCUCAAAGGAUAUAAUCCAUUGGAACGGCCAGUUCGGAAUGCUUCGAGUCCGGUGAUCGUGAAAAUCAAAUUAUUCCUUCAACAGAUUCUAGAUGUCGAUGAGAAGAAUCAAAUUGUGUCGAUCAACGCCUGGCUCAGCUAUACAUGGUUUGAUUAUAAAUUGCAAUGGAUUCCGCAAAAAUACGCAGGAAUUCAAGAUAUUCGGUUUCCAGGCUCUGCGGACCAUAUUUGGAAGCCGGAUGUUUUGCUAUAUAACAGCGCCGCCGAAGACUUUGACUCAACAUUCAAAAGUAAUCUGCUCGUCUACCAUACUGGCACUGUGGUCUGGAUUCCCCCGGGUGUCCUGAAAUUCGUCUGCCCGCUCGACGUCACCUGGUUCCCGUUCGACGAUCAAGUAUGUGAGAUGAAAUUCGGCUCGUGGACGUUCCACGGAAACGCCAUCGAUCUUCAAAUCGACGACGACACAAAUGGAACUCAUUCAAUGGAUUUGUCGACAUAUUUGGUGAACGGCGAGUGGCAAAUAAUUUCAACCAACGCUGUGAGACACAUUAGCUAUUAUAAAUGCUGUCCGGAACCCUACCCAACCGUCAACUACUACUUACAUAUAAGGAGAAGGACGCUAUACUAUGGUUUCAAUCUCAUUAUCCCAUCAUUGUUAAUCUCGCUUAUGGCGAUUCUCGGCUUCAUGUUCCCACCGGAUGCCGGAGAGAAAAUCACAUUAGAGGUUACCAUACUCCUAGCGAUUGUGUUCUUUUUGAGUAUGGUGUCCGAAAUGACUCCGCCGACAUCUGAAGCGGUCCCGUUGAUCGGUGUGUUCUUCUCGUGCUGCAUGCUGGUGGUGUCGGCGUCUGUCGUCUUCACCAUCGUUGUUCUCAAUCUUCAUUUCCGAAGCGCGGAGACCCAUGAAAUGAAUCCAAUGGUUCGCCGGAUUCUUCUCGAACUCUUGCCAUGGCUUCUAUUCAUGUCGCGUCCGGGUUACAAGUAUGUCAAUGCCAGCGUCAUUGAUCACACUGACAAACUUCCAAAGCAUCUACCGAUUCCGUUAAAUCCCGAACUGCCAACUGAGAACAACGGUCAGGAGGCGCACAUUCUGCUGCUUCAUUCGGUUCACCGCGAGCUUCGCAAAGUCGUCGCGUUCUACAUGAAAGAGGAUCGCGACGAGCGCAUCCAAUCCGAUUGGCGUUUCGCGGCGAUGGUUGUCGAUAGAGCGUGUUUGCUCAUUUUCACCGUGUUCAUUGUCGUCUCAAUCCUUUCAAUUAUUCUAUCAGCACCCCAUCUCAUCGCAUAA